CUUGAUCCUUCUAUGCUUCUCGGACAGACAGCCAUUCCAAAAUAAUACCUCUGGAGUCCUGGGGUUCAACAGCCUUAGCUUUCCCUCUCAGCCGUGCAGUCGGCUUCUUGUUACUUAUUACCCCUUGGCCUCUUUCCCCUUUUCCACACUCCCUUUCUUUCCUUUCCUUCUACUCUCCUAUUAAUCAUGCGUCUCCCAUGGUUGGCCCUCUGCCUGGCGGUCGCCUCCGCAACGCCCAUCAAGUCUCACCAACUCCGCCUUCCUUUUGUUUCUUCGCCCAAUGACCUCGAAACCGGCGUCAAAUCACUUCUGUCCAUUGACUGGUCCAUCAAAGAUGGCAGCCUCUACGCCAAUAACGACCAAGUCUACCCCCCAUCAACAACAAUGCAACUCACCGCGCCUCUCUACCGAGCCUCUCAUCCCACCCAGAGUGAAAAGUCCGUGGAAUUGACUUACAGCAUCCACAGCCGUCCCCUGCCCGCAAGCAACGUGGGUUUGGUAGCGGGUAUUGUCCGGGUGCGCGUUGAACUACACGAUCUACAUGGGAACCUCGUCUCCCCAGACGCUACAGUCGUCGACCUGGUCAGUUUCCAGGAUGGUUCUCACCAAAUCACUCGUGUUAGUCUCCGACCCGCGCGCGGCGGUUACCAGGCAGAUCACUUCGCGCAGAAGAGUGGGCCGUGGGCUGUGAAGUACUGGAAGACGCAUGUCAUGUCGUUUUUCCAUGCGAAGACGUCUACCUCGAUUGCCGAGAACGAUUACCAGCCAACUGAAUCGCAGUCGACUGAAUCCCAGGAUCACAUAGAGAUCAAGGAUGUGUCUGUCGACUCCGACGUCAACUCCAACACUGAGUCCAAAUCGCCGUUGUCUAUUUCGUCUUUCUGGGCUGCGCCGACUCAGCCCAACGAUCCUUCUGAUCAUCGUCAUCCACACCACCAGCGCCCGAAGAAUGCUUUCAUGCGUAUCCUUCCACCGAUUAUGCUGCCUGCUGUGCUGGGUGCGUUCGCCGGUCUCGCCGCUUGCAUGCUCGGCUUCUUCAUUGGAUAUCUUUUCAUGUCUUUCGCUACCCACUUCGGGUGGCAGACUUCACCCCGCUACUCGCAGGAUGUCUCGCUUGAAGAGGGUACUCAUUCUGAGAAGUUGCCCAUGGUGCCAUGGCUCCAUCUGACCGCGCCCGAGUCGGAUGUAUGACCGGUCUACGGUUGGCAUGAGUCCCGAAUUUGUUUUUCAGCUUUCUUUUUGCAUCACAUACCUAGUAUCACUGUUGCC